AUGACUUCAUCUUUGGCUGCGCAGCUGGCCAACGUGCGAUCGCACAACGCCGAGCGACUCACUUCGUCAGCGUCUCUUGUCAAGCACACCUCGUAUCUCUUCCCGCCCAAAACUGCGGCGCAGCAGGACCUCUUCACCGUUCAUGCACUUGGUGCCAGCGGAUGGACCGAGCUCUCUGCUGAGGAUGCAUCCCUGCAGAAAUGGCCACAGUCGUCGCUCCUCUUUGGAGACGAAAGCAGAGGAACGGAUCGUCUGAUGCUGCCAAAGGAAGAAAACGACGCUAUCGACAAGGCGGUCAAGGAGUUCCUUCACCUCGCGUCUCCCUUCCUUCUCUCCAAAGGUGCCUCCAAGUGCCUCGAGUGGCUCGUCCGACGUUUCCGCAUCCACGAGUUUAGCGUCGAAGAUGUGCUGGCCGUCUUCUUGCCAUACCACGACACUCAGCAAUUCGCACGCAUGCUCUCGAUCUGCAAGCUCGACGGCAAACCCCACCUCCAGUUUCUUCUCUCCGUCAAAAAGACCGCCAGUCCUCUUCCAGCCGGCGUCUUGCACGCAGCAAUCCUCGCACCCGCCACGACCACCGCCAGCUUGGACUUACUGCGCUGGGUCUCGGGCCUCAUUGCCAACGAUGUCUCGUCUCGCCUUCAAGUCGCUCCGCAUCGUACGCUCGUCAACUUUUGGACUUCGACCUUGGUUCAAGUGUGCGCCGCUCGGUCGCGCUUGGACGACAACCAACAAGUCGCCGGUCUCUCCAAAUCCACCAGCAACUCGAAGAAAUCAGCAAAGACGCGCGCAGCAGACGCACAGGCGAUUCUUACCGUGCUUCUUCCAUCGGCAGUCAGGGUAGCAGGUACAGCUUCGCUUGGCCAGGAUGCGCAGAUCGGAGGUCUGAUGCUGCUCUGCACUAUCGCACAGUCGUUCCCUCUCAGCAAGGAGGCUAUUCAAGGCAUCUUAACCAGCUUGGCAAAGCUCCUGUCUACCUCCAACGUCAGCGCCGCUAUCCAUCGCGCGCUCAUCGCCUGUGCCUUUGCUCUCUGCGCCUGCGCUAGUGUGACUGCGGACCCCCUUUCAGCGCAGUCUACCUCCACCGAUCGACUCAUCCCUGACAGCUUGGCGGCUCUGCUUGUCUCUUCUGCCGAGACUGGCAGCUCCAUCGUCAACCUUUCCAAGUCAUACGACGGCCGCGCCUUUUUGACUCACUUCAUCUCAGCUCUGACUGCUCGCCUCUCGCACGGCGCUUCGGCCGACCUCAUCGGCUCCCUCUUGCGAGGACAAGCUGUGCACGACGAGCUCUGCACCCAGACUACCGAACUGCUUUUGCGUCUUCGUCUCGGCGCUCAAGCUGGCUCUUCGCAGGCUCCAGAAACCGCAUUCGAAGCUCAUUUUGGCAACGACACGGUCCGCGAAGCACACAAGAACCGCCUGCGUGUCUUGCACACCAUGCGAAGCCGCAAGCCGCACGUGUUUGAUACGGCUCUGCGCAACUGCACACGAAAGGAUCAGUCCGAGGCGCAGAUCGCCGCUAUCUGGCAGACCGUCCAGGCGGUGCUUGCGAUUGAGUCCGGCACUUCCCUUGAUCAAGCUUCAAACGGUAGCGUCGAUGGACAAGGCCAAUCCGACAUUCUUUGGCUCUCGAUCCACUCUGCUGAAGCAUCGCAGCGUUCCCUCGCUCUCAAACAGCUGUACAAGGAUGUCAAGGAGGGACGUGUUUCGCCUCACGAUUCCAUGGUGCGAGAGGCUCUUCAUGCACGUAUUCAAGACUCCUCCGUUGAGGUCCUGCAGGUCCUCUACUCGCAGCCCGCUGCGCUUCUCGAAGCCUUCGAUCAGCGAACUCUUCUGACCAUGGUUGCAGAGGCUCUGGACGAGGAUCACAUUCCUGUCGACCGCUUUGACCAGCAUCUUUCCUUCCUUCUCAAACCGUACUUGAAGGAGCAUGCUGACGCCAGGGACCAUGUUGCUCGACGAGCAGUUUGGCCCUUCUUGCUCCACGGUCCAUCUCGCCUUGCCCUUGCAACUUCAGCCGUCAAGCUCCUCCCUUCAAGCAGUAGCUCCAACGAUCUGCUGAGCUCGAUCGCAUCGUCUGUCGCCAACUCCAAGGAUCCUGCCAACACCAACGAUGCCAUUGCAGAGGCAGUGGCCACUUACCUCGCCUCCAUCUCUCAAGAAGACCGCAAGGACUGGGUCGAGUUCUUGACUUCGGCUGCACACUCGUCGCACAGCAACAGCGGAAUGAGUGAUGCUGCCUCGCGCGAUCUUGCUCUGAUGUCUUUGAUCCAUCUCUCGGACAAAGUUGCAGGCGACGACCUGGUGUCGCUUGCUACUACCACUCUGCGAAGCGUCGUGUUGCCCUCGCUCUCCAUAAGCGGUGCCCUCACUGCCGAGCAUCUCAAGCAGCUGUCGGCUUUCAACCUUGAAGACACGAUGCAAGCGCCGCAGCACAUCAAGCAGCUCGACACACUUUUUGAGCAAGCUGCUUCCGAACAGAGUGCGGCUCUUCUGGUAAACUACCUCUUUAUCCAGCUCGUUCGUCGUGUCGAUGUUCCUGCCUUUGAUACCUUUUUGACUUCGCAGGUGUCGGCGAAGGUGAAGCAUGCAAAGACACUUCUCUCAACCCUGUACACACACGUCAACACGUCCCCGCUGCCCGCCUCGCUGCCCAAGUUGCUGCUGCAAGUGCUGCUCUUCAGGGUCGGUGAUUCCAGCCUGCCCUUCCUCGCAUCCAUUUGGACCAACACCGUGGCUCCACACAGUGUUGCUGUGCGACUCGCGGCUCUGCGUCAUGCCGAUGCCUACCUGCAGGCCCAAACCGCAGCCAUUGCUCAGCAAGAGCCCAAGGAUUUCCAGGUUGUGGUGCCGCUUCUGCUUGCCGCCUUGGUUGAUGCAGAGGCUGCCAUCCGCCUUGCCGCUAUGUCAUGCCUCGAACGUAUCCUCAUCAUCUGUAACCACGCCGCCGAACUUGCCAAGGGGUCAAAGAAGAGAGCUAAAGAGCUCGACAUUUUUGGCUACGAGUCGUUCCACGGCGCUGCAGCGUCGGACCCGAUGCAGUACAUCGACCUCGUCUCACUUGCUCACUAUCUCGAGCAGCUCGUUGAGCGCAAGUCGGCCUUCCGAAAUGAUGCCACGCUGCUCCCUCAGCUGCACGGCGAGAUUCUUCAAAUCGGGCGUCAGGACGGGCGCAAGGAAGUUGCACACAAGCAUGGCAUGAUCUGCUUCGUCAUCUCUCACAUUCUCUGCAUCGACUCUCUUCCCACUCGUCUCGUGCUGUUGCAGUCGCUUGCCGCGGUCAGCAACGCAGCUAAGCUCGAGAUGUUGCUGCCGCUCAUCCGUGGCGUUGUCGAGGGCAAUGUCGCCUCGACUACCACGGGCUUCCGCAGCAACGACGAGCGUGAGCUGUACCUGGAGCUCCUGUUUGCAUCAUAUGAUCAGAGCUGUCGCUCGGUCGUCGAAGAGGCUUCGAGCGGUGCUUGGGCCCUUUUCCUGAAGGCGGUGGAGGGCAAAGAUGGCAAGCGACAGCUGCAGAAAGCCGCCGUCAGAGCACUGGACAAGGCGGGUCUUUUCGGUGCUCUGCCACCCAUCAUGCGGAAGGAGAGCUACAUGCACCUGGCCAGCAUCGUUGCCGACCCUUCGCUGCCAGCCUCUCCCGAAGUCGCAUCUGCUCUGCGCGAGCUCCAGGUCGACUCUGCCAUCUUGAUCGCUGUUCUGUCCGAGUUGCGCGAGACCAUCACCUUCAAAGCUCUCAGCGGCCCCGAGGCGAAGCGAGCACGCACUUCGCUUGGCUCCGACGAGACCAUGAAGCGUACCUGCGCUGUGCUUGUCGCCGUGUUGGAAUCGGCUGUGGGCAGCAAGCUUGUGUGCUCGGGUGCUUUGCUGUACGAGCUCUUUGAGGUGCUGCGUGUUGCUGUCGAUCUGCAUUCGGGUCAGCUGGCCACCAAUGCCGAACAGACGAUGCAGCUUUCCAUGUCUUGCAUCGAGAAGCUGGUCGGCAUUCUGCCCAAGUCGGCCGCGGCCAUUCCUGCCGAGAUCACCCAGGCUCUGCGUGCCGACAUCAUCGUCAGUGUCAUCAAGUCUUCGAACAACCCGCAGAGCUUCCAGCACGCGUUGUUGCUCCUCUCCAAGAUCGCCAGCAUCGCUCCCGAGACGGUGCUGCACAACGUCAUGCCCAUCUUCACCUUUGUCGGCUCUACGGUCUUGCAGCGCGACGACGCUUUCAGUUUUUCGGUCGUCGAGAAGGUGCUUCAAAGCAUCGUGCCUGCCUUGGUCAGCUCGUUUAAGGCGGGCGAUGCGGCUCAGCAGAGCAAGUUUGCAUUGCUUUGCGAAGCGAGGGCGUUUGUGCGUAUCUUCACCGAUGCCGCUGCGCACGUCCCUCGUCACCGAAGGCAAAUGUUCUUCCGACUCCUGGUCGACAUUUUGGGCGCCGACGACUUUGCCGCUGCCGUGGCCAUGUUGCUGGUCGACCGAUCAGCGCACAAGAUCGUCAAGCAGCCUCGGAGCGAUGCCGAGCAGACGCUGCAGCUUCCUCUUGCCGUCGUGUCGCCUCACUCUGCCAUGGUGCAGAUCCGCGUACUGCACCAGGUCUGGGAAGAGGUGUUGCGAAUCUGGACCCACCGCGACGAGACCGACUCGCUCAGCGAACUCGUUUUCCUCGACCGUGCCGGUCGUCUCGACAAGGAGCACGUCGAUCACGAGUCAGAGCCGCUGCGACAGAUUCAGGCACUCAUCAUGCUCAUUCGCCAGGUGCUCAAGUCGAAGGCCUUCGCAGAGCAGAUGGACGGCAUGCCGGCCAGCCAGGUGGGUCCAGAGCUGGAAACUUUCAUUCGACUUGCUCUCGAGACGGUGGCGAGGACGAUGUCGAGCCAUUCUGCCGUGGCGGGUCUUGCUCUCGAAGUGCUGGGCAGUGCGAUGCCGUUUGCGCCCGUCGACAACGUGUUGGCUGUUGUGUCGAGUCUGGUCGAAGACGGAGACGUUGCACGCAAGACGAGCGGGUUCUCUCUUUUCGCCAGCCGCGUUGCUGCGAUGGACCCAGCCUCCGCCGAUCGCGCAACCGUUGCCGCUUACACGCCUACAAUUGUCAAAGCCGCUAUCGAGGUUAUUCAGGCCUCUCUGACCGCCUCACACGGCGGCAGCGAUGCCGAGUCUCUCCGUCAAGCAGCUUUGGACGCUCUCAAGACCGUGUCGUCGUCGGCUCGGCCUGCUGAGCAUGGAGCACUGGCUUCCACGCUUCCGGUCCUCGUCAAGCUGGGCAAGGCCGGCAUUGAAGCAGAGGAGGGAUCGCGUGCCGUGCCGUCAGCAGCACGCCUCAGCGUCUUCUCGAUCUCGCGUCGCCUCACGACCAAGUUGGGACCGCGUCUCAUUCCGCACAUUGCCUCGCUCGUGCCGUUCUGCUUGUCCAUCAUCACGCGGUCUGCUUCGGUUGCUGCCGCUGCGACCGACAACGACGAGGCCGAAGCUGAGAAGACCGUUAUUGCUGUGAACGGCGUCAACUCGAACGUCUCUUCGCUUCGAACUGGCGCACUGGACACGAUCACGGGUCUGUUCGGCUCCGUUUCGACGUUCAUGACGUCGUACGUGCCGCAGAUCAUCCGCAUGUCGAUCUCGCCCGAGCUGAAGAAGGCCAUGUCGAGCGCCAGUGGUUCUUCGACUGCUAGCGAGCGAUCGCUCAACCUGCUUCUCUCGACGCUCGUCCGCAAGACGGCAGCCAAGGAGCUAUUCGAAGCCACGUUCAGAGUGUGGGAUGAAGAGCUCGUCUCGACCAAAGAGGACGCAGAUAGGAAAGCGGAGCGUCUGGUGGGCAUCUCCGAGUUCCUCGGCCGAGCGCUUCGCCAGAGCGACCGCGAAGCCAUCAGCGCCACGUACAAGCUGGUGUACCGCUUCUUACUGCGUGCUCUCGAUCUUCGACGCUCCAGCCUCGGCUCUGCGAACGCUGGCCUCUCGCCAGCCUCGAUCGGUCGCAUCGAAUCGAGCCUUGUCACGCUGCCGUUCAUGCGCAUGGUGCUCAAGCUCAACGAGGCGUCGUUCCGCCCGCUGUUCAUGCGCAUGUUUGACUGGGCUGUGCUGGACCUUGUCGAUGACGAUGAUGCAGAUUCGCCGGAGGCCGAGGAUGGAGGAAUUGUGGCUCGACAGAUUGUGCUGUUCAAGACGUUCAACGCGUUGUCCGAGACGCUGCGCAGCUUGGUGUCGUCGUACUACGCUGUGUUGCUAGACCAAGUAAUUGAUCUGCUGGGCGGAUGGAGCAAGCGGGGCGGUUCCAGCGGGCAGCAGAACACGAUGCAGCGCGAGCUAUGGGACCAAGUCGUCCGCUCGAUCCAGCUUUCGGCGAAACACGACGAGGGCAUCUUCUGGAACCCCACGCGCGUCGCCAAGGUCAUCGCUCCGGUCCUGGACCAGCUGAACCUGCUCUCCGCCUCCGCCAGCGGCGGGUCCAAGCCCAAGUUCGUCGAGGCGGGCGAGUUUGUCGCCAUCGUGUCGCCCGUCGUCGUUGGACUGCUCAAGAACGUCAACGACGAAGCGACGCUCAAGCAGUUCAACUCUGCGCUGCUGCAGCGCGCGUCCGCGACGCGUGCGACCAACAGCCGCGCCGUGCGCGAAGUGGCCACCCAGCUGCUGACGCACAUGUGGGCUGCCCAGAAGGACCACCUGCUCGCAUUGGUGCCAGAGACGAUCGCGCAGCUGUCCGAGCUCCUCGAGGACGACGACGAGUCGAUUGUCGCGUAUGCAAACGAGUUCAGGAGCGAGAUCGAGGCGGCUCUUGGCGAGAGUUUGCAGUCGUACCUGACCUAA